AUGAACGGCACUGCCAAACCCCCCGGCCGGUCCCGCCCAACCAACAACCAGCUCCUCUACAAGGCACACUUCCGCUGGAAGCACUACACCUCCCCCCUGCCGGUGACCCAGGAGCUGCCGUCCGGCACCGAGGCCUGCGCCUCGGUCACCUCCGCCUUCCUCCAGGUCCUGGCCACCAUCGCCGACGUGGAGCGCGUGCGGCUGGACAAGCCCCGCAACGUAUUGCACAUCUUGUCCACCAACACCCGCCGUACCAAGGUCGUGGAGCUGUCCUCCGGCACCCACAGGGUGGCUGAUGAGCUGCGCCGGCACUCGCUGUCGGACGGGGACGGCGGCCAGUACUCGACCAACCUUGACCGGAAUCGGUAUGGCUCAGACAACAACUACCUCUUCACAGUCACCCGCUUCAACCUGGAGUGCUUGGGCCUCUGUCCCUGCCUGGUGGACAUCGAGAUCAUGGACACCCGAAACGGAAAUGAGGUGCAGCUUGUGACCGCGGGGCACGCUGCGUGCGCCUGCGACUCGCCCGCGCGCAAGGUGCGGCGGCUGGGCGAGGAGCUGCGCUGCGCGCAGGGCGAGUGCGCCGCGCUGGAGGGCCUGGCCGAGGAGCUGCGCGUGCGAGAGGGCCUGGCCCGCGACGCCAUCAUCCGGCGCCUGCGCCACAAGCUGCUGAGCGGCAAUGCUGGUGGUGGGCCGGCGAGGGAAACGAUGGGCGAUGCCGCGGAGGGCACGACGCGAGGCGAGGCCGUAGAGCGCCCGGCGCGGAGCUCGGAACCUCCGGGCGCCGCGCCGACCGACGCGCCUGCGCCGACCCACCGGCCCGGCAGCGCCGACGGGGACGACGCCGACGCGGUCGACGACGACGUGCUGAUCGACCCCGCAACCUUCCCCCCGGACGUGGGCUCCGCGCAACCCUCCCCCCCGCCCGGCAUGCUGCACCACCACGGCUCGGGCACGGGCGGGGCCGGGUUCACCGGCAGCACCCCGCACCUGCCCCUGUUUGGCACCGCGCCCCUGAACCCCUACGGCGGCAUGCACGCCUCUGCGUUCCGGCCGCCGCUAUCGCACCGCACGCUGCAAAAGGUGGCGUCCAUGCCCGCCAUCCACGGCCUGGGCGCCGGCGGCCACGGCUCCGGCUCGCCGCCGGAGGUGCGCGCGCAGUUCGCCGCGGGCGGGCUGCCCGCCAAGCGCAUGCGCGACAGCAGCCCCAUCCCGGAGGCCUCAAGCGAGGAGUCGCCGCCGCGGAAGAGGAGCCUGGGCCAGCAGGCGGGGUUGGGGGCGCGCGCGGCUUCCACGCCCAGCCCGGCGACGGGGGAGUCGGAGGGCGUGAAGGUGAAGCUGCAGCCCUCCGACGCCGCCAGCCCCAUCGCGCUGUUUGCCGGUCCCAGCCGGCCGCCGUCGGUGGGCCUGACGGGCGAGGCGCCGACGCCGCCCCCCAUCUCCCCGCUCCUCCCGGCACGAGGCCCCUGA